CAUCGAGUGAUUCCGGGUGAUCUGCAGGUCGUACCGAUUGACAGAAGUGAUCACAAUUGACCUGCGGGUGCUGCGGGACAUCAAAAUACCAUUGUGGUCACGCCCUGGCAACAGGACGCGGUUCCAGCGAGCUGAGACCAGUGCACUCUGCAGCUCUGAGCAGAGCACUGAGGUAUUCCUGCGUGACGCCGAAGAUGCGCCGCCUCCUCCUCGCCCUAGCGGCGGCGCGAGCCUACGACCCUCAAAAAAAGAAGACGCUCUUCGUCUGUAGCAACAAGUGGUGCCGCGAACGGCACGCGGCUUUGGUGCUCGGCGCGCCUCUAUCCAUCGCGAAGCAACCGGUUGACGUCCAGCCCCACGCGUGCUUCGGGAGGUGUGCAGAAGGCCCGAACUGCGCGGCCGUCGUCGGUGACGACGUGUUGGAGUUCCACGGCGUGAAUAGCGUAGAAAAAAUCACGCACAUUUUGAGGAACCACCUCGACAUCGACGUCGACGCUACGGCGGCCAAGUGCCUCGAGCUCCAUCGGUUGGCCGAGGCGGCGCACCGUCGCAAGGACUAUGAUCUCGCCUUGAGAUUGUAUUCCGACGCGCUGCACACGAGGCACGGGCCGCAACGAGCGCCCGUGCUGACGGGGCGGGCGGGGUCGCGGUUGAUGCUGGCCAAGGAGCGGCGAAAGCGUGGUUUAACUGUAGCGCGGAAGGCGAAGGCCGUGCCGGCCGUUUCGACAAGGCGCGUGCUCUUGCAUGCGCUGGGGACCUUCGACCAGCCGCUCGCAGCUGCGUUGCUGGCGCUGGACGCGAUUCCAUCGCUCGACGCGACGGCAUCCCGCGUCGUCUUUGAGCUCGCGUCGGCCGAAUUCCUCGCGCGCGGAGCGCUGGCCGACGCUGCGGCGGCGGCGGCGGCGCUUCCCGCUUACGGUCUGGCCUGGCGGAGGUUGGGCGAGGCGCUGGAGCUGCUCGGGCGGUCGCAGGAGGCCGAGCGUUUCGCGGCCGCCGCGGCGCGCGUGGAGACCUCCGGCGACCGGAAACAGCGGGCGCGGGAGCUGUUCGACCGGCUUUGGGGGUCGUCUCCGGCGGUGCCGGCCGUCUAGAGUGUUAAUGUGCGAACGAUG